AUGCGGAUUAAUAAGUCAUUAUCGCACGUUGUUAGAAACAUCCGACCACACAAUAGAAAGGCUCUUCUACGGCACGGUCAGCAGCCCCUGCCAAACACACCUUCAAAUCAGUACUUCUCGUCUGUAGUUCCAGGCGGUCCAGCUGAUCGUGCAGGCAUCAGGGAGGGCGACUACAUCAUUGAAGACCCGAUAGAGGCAGAUCCCAUGGGCUGUUACGUGCUCACGGCUCCAGGUCUGAGUGUAAAAUCCAGGCAAUCACAUAGGCGUGACACUGGUGUUGAAGGUCCUAAGAGCGCCUGCCGGCACUACAUUCUUAAUGCUGCAGGAACGUGCAUUGGUGGUCCCGCUAACAGUUAUCAAAACGCUCCGCGCUUUCCCAUUCCCCGAUGCGCAUUACAGAUCGACGGACAGGACGUGAAAAACGCCUGCCACGAGGACGCCGUGGAAUGCAUCAAAAAUUGCGGUGAUUCGCUCAUCAUUCGGGUGAUGUCGGUGUACAAGACCUCUGGCCAGCGUCAGCUAAAUGGACGCUCAGAAUUAUAUCAAACCCCCCGGACUUACCGGAGACGGCGGCAGAGUGACAUUGUCUGCGAAAGUAGUAGUAGCAGCAGCACUAGCAGCAACAGCAUAAACAGCGACAGCGAAAUCGUUGUGCGCGCCUCCGAACCUUCCAUCAGAAAGAAACUGCCCAUAUCACAGUACAGCGAAAAGAAGUGGCGGGAGCCGUUGGGGGCAGACGCACGAUCACGGAGUCGAGAUCGACGCAUCCGCCAUCCAUCAGUGCGUGCACAGUCGUAUAGUGUAGGUAAAGAUAGCAUCCGUCUCAAUGCCAUCUCGCCUGCGGCGCGUUCCCAAGAGAGAGUCUACGUCUUCGAAAAAAUUGAUGGAAAGGCAAACUCGAGCAGUACCCUUGGAGAGCUCCAGAGAACAGAAGGAUGCCUCACAGAAAAGGAGCGUUGUGAGAUUCGCAGAGCUUUUCGCUACCUCCAAACAAUGCCUGAAGGCCCAGUAAGACCAGCCACGCCUUUUAUUUUAGGCAACCAAAGUGAAUCGCAAUCCACGGCACAGCGAAAACAGAGCCGCAGUCCAAGUUCUGGUACAGAGUCCGAACACCUCAAUCACGUUCAUUCAGUAGUGGCCUCCGAUUGCCUCGACAGUGGCGGCGAAGCUGCUUCAACAGUUCGACCCGGUAACAAAGACAUCACUUCCAAGACCUCCUCCUCCUCAGGACACGCUAUGCAGCCAUUCCACAGUAGUUUCUCUGUCGGUUGCCUUCAACGCAUU